AUGGCGUCCAUUAAGAGCAUGCUGGCUGCAAGCAUUCUGGCCGCGCCUGCGGAUGCCUUUGUCGUACCAGGUUCCCAGUCUUCCCAGGUCUCCGGGCUGCGAGGAACGACAUCGGCAAGCUCUGCCUCGGGGUCUAGCUUUGGCACCUUCUCGAUGCUGGCUGCUUCCGGCGUCUCGGGCGCCGCCAUGGUGAGCUUUGCACGGCCUCGCAAGGCCAAGGUGGUCUGCAACUUCAGCAAGGAAUCUCAGAUUGGUGCCAUGGAACCCUUGGGCUUCUUCGACCCCGCGGGCUUCUGCACGGACGAGGCUGCUUUCAAGGACUUGCGAGCCAAGGAGAUCAAGCACGGCCGAUUGGCAAUGAUGGGGGCACUUGGAAUGCUGACGCAGAGCCUGGUGACUCUUCCUGGCAUGGAAGGUGUGCCCAAGGAUGUCACGGCGUGCACUGUGGGCAACGGGCAAGUUGGCUUCCUGCUGACCAUUGGCAUCAUCGCUGUGUUGGAGGCGACAGUUUUCGUGCAGGAUGAGAGCAAGGAGCCGGGAAACUUUGGGAAUCCGGUCCCUUGGUUCGACGACUAUUCCGACGAGAUGCGAGCACGAGAGCUCAACAACGGCCGCAUCGCAAUGUUUUCGGCAAUUGGCCAAAUUGCAGCUGGCCUUUACACCGGCAAGGCUGGUAUUGAACAGUUCGGCUCUUCCCAGGUCUCUGGGCUGCGAGGAACGACAUCGGCAAGCUCCGCCUCGGGGUCUAGCUUUGGCACCUUCUCGAUGCUGGCUGCUUCCGGCGUCUCGGGCGCCGCCAUGGUGAGCUUUGCACGGCCUCGCAAGGCCAAGGUGGAAUCUCAGAUCGGUGCCAUGGAACCCUUGGGCUUCUUCGACCCUGCGGGCUUCUGCACGGACGAGGCUGCUUUCAAGGACUUGCGAGCCAAGGAGAUCAAGCACGGCCGAUUGGCAAUGAUGGGAGCACUUGGAAUGUUGACACAGAGCCUGGUGACUCUUCCUGGCAUGGAAGGUGUGCCCAAGGAUGUCACGGCGUGCACUGUGGGCAACGGGCAAGUUGGCUUCCUGCUGACCAUUGGCAUCAUCGCUGUGUUGGAGGCGACAGUUUUCGUGCAGGAUGAGAGCAAGGAGCCGGGAAACUUUGGGAAUCCGGUCCCUUGGUUCGACGACUAUUCCGACGAGAUGCUCAUGUUCUGGACUCGUAGAGGUUCCCAGUCUUCCCAGGUCUCCGGGCUGCGAGGAACGACAUCGGCAAGCUCCGCCUCGGGGUCUAGCUUUGGCACCUUCUCGAUGCUGGCUGCUUCCGGCGUCUCGGGCGCCGCCAUGGUGAGCUUUGCACGGCCUCGCAAGGCCAAGGUGGUCUGCAACUUCAGCAAGGAAUCUCAGAUCGGUGCCAUGGAACCCUUGGGCUUCUUCGACCCUGCGGGCUUCUGCACGGACGAGGCUGCUUUCAAGGACUUGCGAGCCAAGGAGAUCAAGCACGGCCGAUUGGCAAUGAUGCUUGGCCGCUAUUUGGUUUUGAAUCUUUGGAUUUCAACCUUCGGGGAGAACACGAUGGGAGCACUUGGAAUGUUGACACAGAGCCUGGUGACUCUUCCUGGCAUGGAAGGUGUGCCCAAGGAUGUCACGGCGUGCACUGUGGGCAACGGGCAAGUUGGCUUCCUGCUGACCAUUGGCAUCAUCGCUCUGUUGGAGGCGACAGUUUUCGUGCAGGAUGAGAGCAAGGAGCCGGGAAACUUUGGGAAUCCGGUCCCUUGGUUCGACGACUAUUCCGACGAGAUGCUCAUGUUCUGGACUCGUAGAGGUUCCCAGUCUUCCCAGGUCUCCGGGCUGCGAGGAGAGCUCAACAACGGCCGCAUCGCAAUGUUUUCGGCAAUUGGCCAAAUUGCAGCUGGCCUGUACACCGGCAAGGCUGGUUCCCAGUCUUCCCAGGUCUCUGGGCUGCGAGGAACGACAUCGGCAAGCUCCGCCUCGGGGUCCAGCUUUGGCACCUUCUCGAUGCUGGCUGCUUCCGGCGUCUCGGGCGCCGCCAUGGUGAGCUUUGCACGGCCUCGCAAGGCCAAGGUGGUCUGCAACUUCAGCAAGGAAUCUCAGAUCGGUGCCAUGGAACCCUUGGGCUUCUUCGACCCUGCGGGCUUCUGCACGGACGAGGCUGCUUUCAAGGACUUGCGAGCCAAGGAGAUCAAGCACGGUGUGCCCAAGGAUGUCACGGCGUGCACUGUGGGCAACGGGCAAGUUGGCUUCCUGCUGACCAUUGGCAUCAUCGCUGUGUUGGAGGCGACAGUUUUCGUGCAGGAUGAGAGCAAGGAUGGACGCCGGGACAUCAGGUGUCAGACGGACAAUGACAGGAACGACUAUCGGCAUGCUCCGCCUCCGGGGUCUAGCUUUGGCACCUUCUCGGAUGCUGGCUGCUUCCGGCGACGAGGUGCUUUCAAGGACUUGGAGCCAGGUGUGCCCAAGGAUGUCACGGCGUGCACUGUGGGCAACGGGCAAGUUGGCUUCCUGCUGACCAUUGGCAUCAUCGCUGUGUUGGAGGCGACAGUUUUCGUGCAGGAUGAGAGCAAGGUGCCACGGUUUUUUGCCCACAACGCGGGGGUCGCUCCGGAGCUCAUGUUCUGGACUUGUAGAGGUUCCCAGUCUUCCCAGGUCUCUGGGCUGCGAGGAACGACAUCGGCAAGCUCCGCCUCGGGGUCCAGCUUUGGCACCUUCUCGAUGCUGGCUGCUUCCGGCGUCUCGGGCGCCGCCAUGGUGAGCUUUGCACGGCCUCGCAAGGCCAAGGUGGUCUGCAACUUCAGCAAGGAAUCUCAGAUCGGUGCCAUGGAACCCUUGGGCUUCUUCGACCCCGCGGGCUUCUGCACGGACGAGGCUGCUUUCAAGGACUUGCGAGCCAAGGAGAUCAAGCACGGCCGAUUGGCAAUGAUGGGAGCACUUGGAAUGUUGACACAGAGCCUGGUGACUCUUCCUGGCAUGGAAGGUGUGCCCAAGGAUGUCACGGCGUGCACUGUGGGCAACGGGCAAGUUGGCUUCCUGCUGACCAUUGGCAUCAUCGCUGUGUUGGAGGCGACAGUUUUUGUGCAGGAUGAGAGCAAGGUGCCACGGUUUUUUGCCCACAACGCGGGGGUCGCUCCGGAGCUCAUGUUCUGGACUUGUAGAGGUUCCCAGUCUUCCCAGGUCUCCGGGCUGCGAGGAACGACAUCGGCAAGCUCCGCCUCGGGGUCUAGCUUUGGCACCUUCUCGAUGCUGGCUGCUUCCGGCGUCUCGGGCGCCGCCAUGGUGAGCUUUGCACGGCCUCGCAAGGCCAAGGUGGUCUGCAACUUCAGCAAGGAAUCUCAGAUCGGUGCCAUGGAACCCUUGGGCUUCUUCGACCCCGCGGGCUUCUGCACGGACGAGGCUGCUUUCAAGGACUUGCGAGCCAAGGAGAUCAAGCACGGCCGAUUGGCAAUGAUGGGAGCACUUGGAAUGUUGACACAGAGCCUGGUGACUCUUCCUGGCAUGGAAGGUGUGCCCAAGGAUGUCACGGCGUGCACUGUGGGCAACGGGCAAGUUGGCUUCCUGCUGACCAUUGGCAUCAUCGCUGUGUUGGAGGCGACAGUUUUUGUGCAGGAUGAGAGCAAGGAGCCGGGAAACUUUGGGAAUCCGGUCCCUUGGUUCGACGACUAUUCCGACGAGAUGAUGGACGCCGGGACAUCAGGUUCCCAGUCUUCCCAGGUCUCCGGGCUGCGAGGAACGACAUCGGCAAGCUCCGCCUCGGGGUCUAGCUUUGGCACCUUCUCGAUGCUGGCUGCUUCCGGCGUCUCGGGCGCCGCCAUGGUGAGCUUUGCACGGCCUCGCAAGGCCAAGGUGGUCUGCAACUUCAGCAAGGAAUCUCAGAUCGGUGCCAUGGAACCCUUGGGCUUCUUCGACCCUGCGGGCUUCUGCACGGACGAGGCUGCUUUCAAGGACUUGCGAGCCAAGGAGAUCAAGCACGGCCGAUUGGCAAUGAUGGGAGCACUUGGAAUGUUGACACAGAGCCUGGUGACUCUUCCUGGCAUGGAAGGUGUGCCCAAGGAUGUCACGGCGUGCACUGUGGGCAACGGGCAAGUUGGCUUCCUGCUGACCAUUGGCAUCAUCGCUGUGUUGGAGGCGACAGUUUUCGUGCAGGAUGAGAGCAAGGAGCCGGGAAACUUUGGGAAUCCGGUCCCUUGGUUCGACGACUAUUCCGACGAGAUGCGAGCACGAGAGCUCAACAACGGCCGCAUCGCAAUGUUUUCGGCAAUUGGCCAAAUUGCAGCUGGCCUGUACACCGGCAAGGCUGGUAUUGAACAGUUCGGCGUGUAG